AAAACUAUAUUCUGAAUCAUCCUCAAACCAACAGUCAACAACCUCAAUCAAUCGGCACCCUAUCUCAUUGAAGAAGAUGUCAGCUGAUCAAGUCACGCCAUCGAAUUUCGACCCCAACCAGCGACUGGAUGCUUUUCCGCCUUUGGCCAACAGUUACCGACUUGAUGAGUUGCUGGCCGAACAUUUUGCCUUCGCUCCCAAGACCUUUACACGCCAUCUUUUCAACCUGAUUAAUGACGCGGUUUUUGAUAGUAUUGACUCAGUUGAAGAAGCCGUACGAUCCUCAUUUAAUUCAGAUUUAACUUAUCCAUCCCAAGAUGAUAUUUCGAAAUCUAUCAACUCUUUAGAAACUUUGCUAUGUUCAGCUACAGAUCGACAUUUUGAUCUAGUUGAACUUUGGAUGCAUAGAAAUAUCUUUGCUUUUCCUGCAAAACAUUCAGAAGGCUUACUGGAUCAUUUCAAAUUUGAUCAUAUGAAACUUUGGGAUCAUCUUUUUGAGGACGAUAGGUUUAUUGGUCAUCAAACUUCUUCUUUGGAACCUGAUUGGGAAAAGAUUAAGAGUGAAGAGGCAAAAACAUGGGAUGACUUGGAGAAGGCUAAGCAAGAGUAUCUUCAAGUCACAGACGAUCAUGCUUCUUUGUUAGCUGUUUCUAAAGCACUUGAUCGAAAAUUGGCCGGUCUAAAAGCGGUCUCUACUCAGUUAGAUGUCAUCACCUCCGGAGCGCCUCGAGUCUAUGAUCCAGAUACCAAGAAACCGCUUGGACUCUCUUCACAAGCCACCAAGCUGGCCGAAUAUUUUGAUCGUCUGUCUAGUCUACAGAAACGACAGAGCGACAUAGCUGUCUCACCUUCGAUUGCAAACUUCCAUGAAAACCCUCAGGAUGCAACUAUACAGGAUCUAAGCGCGACACUCAGAUAUGAAAACUUGGUGAAUGAGUUUGCGAUGAGUAAGAUUGAUGACCUGGCAGCUGAACUUGGAGAAAAAGGCGGACCUACCACGGAAGUUGAUGAAAGUUUGAUGGAAGUUAUGACCCAUAUCGCCGGGAAAGGGAAAGCCACGGAUGCUAAGACACCUUUAUUUCACAAACGUCUGUGAUGAUGAAAAGUGAACGAUACGUAAUCAAAUUGGCGUGGUAUGGUAUUCUGUUGUUUAUCACCUUUCUCGAUAAGUAAUUUACAGCUUGAAUACGCAUGUUUGUACAUCAAAGUGCCUUCCAUUCUUUUCAAAAAUGUGCGAUUGCUUGUGUGACUACCGUUGUGAUUUCUGCUAUAUGUAAACAUAUCUCAUCAUUCACUUGUAAUUUAUUAGGAUUGACAUGCAAUAUGUAGUUGAUCCCC